AAAUGCCCAUGCGUGAUGAUAUCUAGUCCUGAGGCGGUGAAGAAGGUGCUGGUGUCGAGAGCUCAUCUCUUCAAACCGACAUUUCCGACAACAAAAAUGAAGAUUAUGGGAGAACAGGGCCUGUUUUUUCAUCAGGGUGAUUAUCAUUCCAAGCUCAAGAAGCUUUUACUAAGAGCUUUCAUGCCGGACGCUAUUAGAACCAUGAUCCCUUCUAUCGAAUCUAUUGCACUAAACUCUCUUCAAACAUGGCCAACUCAACUCACUCUCCACACCUUUCACGAGAUGAAGACUUACGCAUUCAAUGUCUCGUUGCUGUCAAUAUUUGGAAAAGAAGAGAUCAUCGACCGAGAGAAGUUCAAGAAAUAUUACUAUUCCAUGGAAAAGGGUUACAAUUCUAUGCCAAUAAAUCUACCAGGAACAUUAUUCAGCAAGUCCAUGAAUGCCCGGAAGAAGCUAGCACAUUCCUUAACCGAGAUCAUCGCCCGUAGAAGAGAGACCAUUCUCUUAGGUGGCCACAAAGAUUUGCUAGGAACCUUCAUGGAGGAUAAAAUGGACAUAACCGACCAACAAAUUUCCGAUAAUAUUAUCGGACUAAUCUUCGCUGCCCGCGACACCACCGCAACCGUACUCACAUGGGUCAUCAAGUACCUCUCCGACAACCCUAUCAUCCUUCGAGCAGUCGUGGAUGAACAAGUGGCUAUAAGGAAGGACAAAUUGGAGGAGAAUCUGACUUGGGAAGACACUAAAAAAAUGUCAAUUACUAAUAGAGUAAUUCAAGAAACAUUAAGGGUGGCUUCUGUUUUGUCAUUCACUUUUAGAGAAGCUAUUGAAGAUGUUGAAUUUGAAGGUUAUCUUAUACCCAAAGGAUGGAAAGUCAUGCCGUUAUUCAGAAAUAUUCAUCACAACCCACAAAAUUUCCCGAAUCCUGAUAAGUUUGACCCUUCCAGAUUUGAGGUGGCUCAGAAGGCCAAUACAUUCCUGCCAUUUGGAAAUGGGGUGCACUCAUGCCCAGGAAAUGAGUUGGCUAAACUGGAGAUGUUGGUCAUCCUACAUCAUUUGACUACAAAAUACAAGUGGUGUUCAAUCGGGCAAGGAAGUGGGAUUGAGUAUGGGCCAUUUGUUCUUCCCCAAGAUGGUCUGCCCAUCAGUGUCUCUCUCAGGCUCUAG